UCUCGCUAGAGCUUAAUUUGGAUGGUUCUCUGAAGCCUUCAUUUCCUCCCAUCUCUGUACACUACAAUUACAUUUACAAAAUUCUUUCAAUAAUAGCAUCAACCCAGUUCCAAUCAGUUCGAGAACGGUAGAACGGUACGUAUAACGAAAACAGUACUAGAAUUAGGGUUUGUGGUUCUGUCUGCGUGUUCUUUUUCUUACACACCUUCGACGGUUUACCAGAUCCACCAAGAGGCACUUACACUGUACCAACACUCUGAAGUCAAACUUCCCUUAAGAUUUACCCUCCCUCCCUAGGAACCGGUAAAUUCACUUUUUCUAUUUCAUGACAGUUGGAAGAUGCCCACUCGCCCCGCGAUCUACAAACAUAAUAGCUGGAAAACAUGAAACUGUUGAAAAACGGGAACACACACCAAUUGAGCACGAAGCACAGGUUGUUUAUGCGCAAGACGAAAACCAAACCAAAGACCAAGACGUAACAGUUGAGGUGACGCCAAAACGACAAACCGUUUUGACUCCCGUAUCGUAUAGAAAACCGACGAAACGAAUCAAGCAUGAUGUGCUCAAUGAGAAAAAUCUGCCUUUAAUGAAACAACUCACACAGAACGACACGGCAGAGGAACCGGCAGACCGGAAUGUGGCGGCUGCUACAGUUUCUGCUCCCAUUGUGCGUGCAUCUAAUUCACAAAAGGCGCGGCUUCAGGAAUGGCGACGUCAGUACCGAAAGGCUUUUCCUAGUUUUCACUUUUAUCUUGACUCAUGUGAAGAAAUUCUCCGUCAGCGGCUUACCAAACACAUUGAGCUGCUCGGUGGAUCUGUGGAGACGUUCUUCUCGACCAGCGUUACUCAUGUUGCCACUACCCGUGAUUUAUGCAUCAGCAUGUCUCGCUUGUCUAAGCAUGAUGUCCUGGUGAAGGCCCGUCAGCUUAAUAUGAAGGUUUGGGCAAUGGAAAAGCUUAACCGAGUGUUGAGAACAUUGCUUGAAGGGGAGCAGCCUGUAGUUGAAGCACCUCCCCGCGACUUGAGCUACUUGUUGUACGUGGAAAAAGUUCAGGGCACGAAUGAGCGAGACCUUUCGGCGCCAAGACAAGACUUUGUCCACUUCAAGGGACCCUUCCUGCUCGUUCACGAUGCUGAUAAUCUUUACAAACCCAUUCUGUUACGAGAGUGGCCGAAACCGUUGCCGGGAAAGGAUGUUCCCUGGCCUACUUUCCGUGCCACAAGCAUUGGACGCUGUCCAUUUAUUCCCGAAACUCGCCGACGACUUACCACGAAAUUAGCAGCCUACACAAAAUAUAAUCAGGUGAAGGAACCGCAGGCCGGAAACCUUACACGCUCAGCAUCGCUUGGUACAACUACCCCAGCGAUCACUACACCUAGAGAUGAAAAAACUAUUGCAUAUGGUGUCGCAAACCUACGAACUCCCGAAACACCUUCUGUUUACCAAGUGCUUGGACGCAAGAUCGACGACGGGCUGGCCGCGUCGGGCAUCUCUCAAUCUAACUUAACUUCUGUAGCUCUGUCUGCACACUCUGCUGUGCGCUACGGCAGCAAUCCAAAUAUGCCAUUGUCGGCUUCGAAGGGAAGGGACAUGAUCGGCUUGAAAAAACGCAUAAUUCAACAAAAAUCUAAUUCGGUCGUGGACAAGAAAUACCAGACUGUUCUCCAAACUGCUGAACAACGCAGGGUUCGCGUAGACUCUAAGCCGGGAUACUGUGAAAACUGUCGUGAAAAGUUUGAGAGCUUUGAAUUGCACAUUCGUGGGAAGAGGCACCGCCAAUUUGCCGAAAACCAGGAAAACUUCAAGGAGCUUGAUGAGCUGUUCAUUCUCCUCCAGCGACCCUUGUUGCCUCACUAGGUGCGCGCACGAGUGUGCUUUGCAUAACGGGUAACAAAGAUAAUGUGCUUUGGCCGUUUGCUGAAGACUACCUCUGUGUUUAUUCUUAACGCUUAGGGCUGUUGUUACGAGUAAUAUGCAAAGUGCGAUUGAAACUAAACUGUGCUGGGUAUUUGAGCGCUUCCAAUUCUCUGGGUGGACAUUGUUACGCAUUAAGCGGACAUCAUCAAAUGUGGGUGUGUCUGGCUUUCACUCAACCGCCCGGCAUCGCCUGGGAUACGAAGCUGUCAACUAUACAUGCGAGUUUUCAUGCCUACUCCC